AUGUCUCUUCCGCCCGCCGAGAAGCUCCCCCUCUAUGUUCGCGGUGACAUCCGAGAAAAGUGGGAUCCCAAGAAGCCCGAGUAUGAGGCGGAAAUCUCGGAGAUCCUUGGAGAGCCAUGGACUAUUGACAUCGAUCCUCACAAGAUCUGGCCGUAUGCGGAGGAGGAUAGCUGGGCCAAGAGAUACACUGGCGAGCUCAUGAGGGAUUAUGUCAAAUCCGCCGUGUCAAACUUUCGAACUUUCGUAAACAACCUUGGGGAAGCUCACAAGGAUGAACUCAACAAGAUCUGCACCGCUCACGUGCUGACCAUGGCCGCGGAUGCUAACGGCAAGACCGACUACUGUAGCUGUGAAGUGUCACCGGAUGGCGAGCUGGUCAUGAUCUUUCAUCCCGAAAAGCUCGGAGUCAAUAUUGACAAUGCCCUCAUGACUGACUUCGUGAAGGACGCACUCGAUGCCGCGCCUUCGGACCCUGGCCCGAUGAGUUACCGUGUGCGUAUGCAGGCUCUCAAGUACCAGGAGCGCAUCAAGGAGAAGCAAGAAGAGCUCAAUGCCAUGCUCCAGAAGGAGGUUGCUUUUGAUCCCAACUGGGAGGCCGUCUUCGACAAGAUGAACUCUGCUGAGGAUGCGGUUGAGAACUGGCGGUACGGCACUGGUGAUCAGAUCAGGUGGUACUUUGGGGCCCUUGUGUCGAGGAUGAAUGGAGACGGCUUUGGGACCAAUGAUGUCUUGAGGGAGGGGUUCCUCGAGGCUGUGGAGAAGAGCACAAUUGCAUUUCGUGUCGUGGAUAAGACGGAGGAGACGUAUAAUGAGUACGUUCUGGAGGAUGGCGUGUUCUACAUCCAGACCACACCUAGUCGAUUCGGCGUCAACAUUGACCGGACUGGUCCGCUGGUUGAGAUCUUGUAG